CACAAAGUGAGAGAAUCUGAGAAAAAGUGAAGUGAAGGGCUUCGCAGCUGAUGACUAGAUUCCAUAUUGCUCCAUGCUGAAGAUGGAAAUGAAAGCCCUUUGUGCAAACCGCUUGUCCAAUUUUUCAUCUCUCUUUAGAGGAACUCUUUGCAUCACGAGGACUCGACUUACUUUUCCUGAGAAUCUCUUGGGCCAAGCAAAGCUUGCUUUUUCUUCUGGAAAUGAAUCAUUCAACACCACAGUAGUGCCUCCAACCCUGUUAGCUGCUGAAAAAGAAGAAGCCAAAUCUGUGUUAUCCUUGUUCUUGAAGAAACAAGGUCUGAGCAAGGUAGCUGCUGCAAAAACCAUCACUAAAUCAGAUCUUUUCAUCAACCACCUUGUCUCAAGGCUUCAUUCUGUUCAUAAAUCUCGGUAUCUUGUAGGAAAAGAGCUCACAACUCUUGAGAUCAGGGAUACCCUUAUUCCUUAUAUUGAAUCUCUUCUUGUAGAGCCUGGAAACAGUGUCGUAAAUUUAGUGGAGAACUUUCCUAUUAUACCUGUCAAAGACAAGCCAGCUGCGUCAGUCUCUCAACACCCUUCCACCCCUGACUCCAAGAAGCCAAAAGGGCAAAGGGCUGUCUCUCGAAUGAUUGAGGUUGGCGCGGUUGGAGAUUUACAACCUCAUUUCCUCUACCUCUUAGAGCUUGGCAUGGAUCUUGAGCAGAUCAAGUUAGCUACAAGCAGAUGUCCUAGUUUUGCCUACUACUGCUUGGAGGGGAGAAUCAAACCUCUAGUCGAGUUUCUUCUUGAUCUUGGGGUAGCUAAAUCAGAGAUUCCUAAAAUUCUUGUCCAAAGGCCUCAUUUAUGUGGACAUAGUAUAUCUGGUAAAAUUAUACCCAUCAUGUUAUACUUAGAAGAUAUGGGUGUGGACAAGAAACAGUGGGCAAAAGUUAUAUUACGCAGCCCAUGUCUCCUCAGUCAUAGUAGGCAGAAGCUUCAGGCAGUUGUUAAUUUCCUUAAUGAGGUUGGCUUAUCAGGUGAUAGCAUAGGUAAGGCCUUAACUCGCUUCCCAAAAAUGGUAUCUUGCAGUGUGGAAGACAAUCUGAUGCCUGUGAACAAAUUUUUCUAUGAAAAGGGAUUCAGUGUGGAAGAAAUGAAGUCCAUGGUGUCAACAUUUCCAUCUGUAUAUUCUUACAGCUUGACGGAGAGCUUGGUACCAAAAUGGGAGUUCUUUUUGACCACGGGUUAUUCAAAGUUGGCGCUGGUUAAGUUCCCUCAGUAUUUUAGUUACAGUUUGGAGCAAAGAAUCAGACCACGUUUUGCACUUGUGAAGGAGUUGGGAGUGAAAAUCGGGCUGAACCGCAUGUUAGCUGUAUCGUUCUGUGACUUUGAGAAAGUUUUGGAGAUCAGCAGAAAGAAUAUGCUUGCUGACGAGCUUUCGAGUUGUCCAAAGAGCAAGUAAUGAUCUUCGGUUAGGAACUGGAUUCUAUGACUUCUAAGCGGAGUGCUCAGUAGAACGAGGCAUGGUAAUGGUACAACUACGUGAUCAGAACUGUAUUUUAUUACUUUACUAAUUACUAGGGCAUUUCUUUGCACUGUUUUGAAGAAUAAGAAACAUUUGAAGCACAAAGGCAAGCGAAUUUUCAGGCUAUGACUUUGGGAAAAUUUUGAAGAUGGUUACCACAUGUGACAAUGUGAUAUGACUCCUAGUCACGAGAAAAACAAAUUUAUAUGAGACUGUCUCAUCGUAUCAUCCGUUCAAUGAGAUAGUCUCACCAAAUCACUACAUUGACGUGAAAGUAUUAUCUAAUUAAAAUAUGUAGUAUCAUAUGAAAUUUAAGGGUCGUAAAAGAACCAUUGUUUCCUUCUUUCUUAGAUUUUUCCAGUAUUUUUGCCUUUCUUCAAG